UUGUAGUUUUUAUUUGCACGGCCGAACGAGCUGUCAAAAAAAAUAAACGGAAACUACAGUAUGUGGGAGGGUACCAUCUCGCAUUGCGUUACCCUUUGGUUAAACAUAAAGGGAACCAGUGUGCUGUUAGCAGUUUAUGAACGGGAAAGGUAAAGCGUUUACUGGUGGCUGCUGACACGGAAUAUUAAUACGUCUCUUGGAGCGGGUCUGUUUUAAUAACUCGGAAACAUGAUAGCGGAGAACUGUAAAGUGUUGACGUUAUGUCUGCAUCAACUGACUCUCCUCCGAAGAGCUCCGCUUCCUGGAUCUUCAUCCCUCCCAGCAAGGCGAUCUUUCAGUUCACUCAGGGAUGCUAAGCGCAGAGGCUUGUUAUGGAAGACGCUCGUUGGCCUCUCUGUUGGCGUUCCUGUGGCGGUGAGCAUCAAGUAUGCCGUAUCGGAGCCCAGACAGAGGAGACAGAUGAGGAUUGUGAUUGAAGGGUUUGGCCGCUUCUGCAGAUCUCUCUCUGUGGGACUCUUCAUUUCCGCUGACUACUGGUGGACCACCAACGUGCUGCUUCGUGGAAUAGAUGAGAGCAAUCCAUCCUACGUGACUGAGAUGUCAGCUUGCCACCAGAGGGCAGCAGAGUCCAUCGUGGAAGGAGCCAUAAAGAAUGGAGGCCUGUACAUUAAGCUUGGCCAAGGCCUGUGUGCUUUCAAUCACCUGCUACCCCCUGAGUACAUCCACACCCUGCAAGUACUAGAAGACAAAGCUCUAAACAGGAGGUACAAAGAGGUGGACGCUCUCUUUGAAGAAGACUUCAACAAGACCCCUGAUAAGCUUUUUAAAGCAUUCGACUAUGAGCCCAUCGCUGCUGCCAGCUUAGCUCAGGUUCAUAAAGCCCUGCUGUUUGAUGGGACUCCGGUCGCUGUGAAGGUGCAGUUCAUUGACCUCAGGGAUCGCUUUGAUGGAGAUAUCCGAACAUUGGAGAUCCUGCUGGAUAUUAUUAAGUUCAUGCACCCCAGUUUUGGGUUCCGAUGGGUCCUUAAGGACUUGAAAGGAACACUGGCUCAGGAGCUGGACUUUGAGAAUGAGGCCAGGAACUCUGAGAGGUGCGCAGAGGAGCUGAAACACUUUAAAUUUGUGGUUGUACCUAAAGUCUUCUGGGAGCAAACCAGCAAGAGAGUGCUGACAGCAGAGUUUUGCGACGGCUGUAAAAUCAACAGCGUGGAAGAAAUAAAACGUCAAGGACUGAGUCUGAAAGAUACUGCAGAUAAACUGAUCAGAACAUUUGCUGAGCAGAUAUUCUACACGGGUUUUAUCCAUGCAGACCCUCACCCCGGGAAUGUUCUCGUGAGGCGAGGUCCUGACAACAAGGCGGAGCUGGUGCUGUUGGACCACGGCUUGUACGAAUACCUCAGCCAGCAAGAUCGAGAGGCCCUCUGUAAACUUUGGAGGUCCAUAGUCCUCAGGGACGAGGCAGAAAUGAAGCAGCAGUCCAGCGCCCUCGGGGUCAAAGAGUACUUCCUCUUCUGCGAGAUGCUGCUGCAGCAACCAAUCAACAUGCACAAGUUGGGUCUGUCCAACAUCCUGAGCAAGGAGGAGACGGCCUACAUGCGUGAGAUGGCCGUCCACCGCUUCGAGAGCAUCAUGCAGGUGCUGAAGUCGAUGCCUCGGCCCAUGCUGCUGGUGUUCAGGAACAUCAACACUGUGCGGAGCAUCAACAUCAGACUGGGGGCGCCGGUGGACCGCUACUUUGUCAUGGCCAAGAGCGCCGUGCGAGGCUGGGGGAAGAUUCAGGCUGAGAAGGUCGGCGUCCUCCCCCAGCUUUGGCUCUUCCGCUGGGGGAGGACUGCAUGGGAGAGCGUCAAGUUUGAAGUUGCUCUGAGAUCAGAGAUGGUGGUGAUGAGCCUGACACGUGCGGUCCUGGCGCUGCUCCAGUACUUGGGCCUCCUAUCGCUGGACUCCGACUUGUACGAGUACCUGAAAUAGCGCACAAGCGUCUCACUACAAAGGAUUCAUUCCAAGCACAAGUGAACACAGCUCAUCAGUGAGCCUUUUGCUGCUCAAGCAGCUCCGAGUGCUGGUGGUUUACGUUGCUGCUCGACCGUGACCAACGUUCCCACCAAACCACCUUCAGGGUCUGCUGGGGGAGAAUGUGCUCCACUGCAGGACUGGAAGCAUCCGUUCCAGGGCGAGAGGAGCAACACCACCAAUGGGACUUUUAAGUAAUUAAAUCUUAUUUAUUUUAAGAGUAAUUUUGGGAAACCAAAUCCAAUGAGGUUUUUAACCUGCAGGUUUUUUAAUGAAGCAGACAUUUUCUCAGUUAUUCUGUCAGACAGUAUUUUGUCCAGUACCACCUGACUGUUUAAAUUAUGAGAACAUGGUAAUAAAACACGAAGAAAUCA